AUGUUCAGAAAUAGAAUUGUAAACCAAGUUAUUCGCCAAUACAGAGGACAAAAAUAUGUUGAUUAUGCAAGAGUUACUAUCCUUAGUCCCUACUAUGCCAAAAUUAUCAAAAAACCACAAAGUACGAUAGCCGCCGAGGAAAGUUAUGUAAAAAAAUUUAUGAAAGCUGUCGGAUGGAUGGAUAAAGAGAGAACGCGGCUAAAACUGACAGGCUACUUUCUGUAUGAGUGUGUCCCUGAAAGAGUAUGCUACCAAGAAUGGUUUGAUAUCCUUGAACUUCCUGAUACAUUUGCUUCGUGGUUUAUUAUUACUGAGCUUCAUGUUUGGCUGAUAUUGGUAAGAUAUAUGGCAGAAGAUGUAACAGUGGCUGGAGAGAAAAAGAAGAUGGUUAAAGGAGAUGGCCAUUUUGUUAGAAAUUGUGUUAUUGAAGCUUUGUGGGCAGAUGUGGCUAAUAGGAUAAAAUUACUUGAGGGUGCAAAUAUAGUAGUAGCUAGAAAACAAGUGACUGAACUCUCGGAACAAUUUCAAGCAGCCCUUGUGGGCUAUGAUGAAGGUCUAGAAGAUGAUAAGGUGUUGGCAUCAGCUGUGUGGAGAAGAUUUUAUUCAUUAUCUGUGGAUACUAAGGCAGAACAUGUUGAGAAAAUAGUUCACUUUAUUAGGCAUCAGAUGUCAGCCCUUGAUCAAAUUCCAAGCAAAGACCUGAAAUGGCAACCCCAAAUUACUUGGUUAAGUAUACAUGAUCAUUAG